GUAUAAAAUACUGCUUUUACAAAUUGUUUAGAAUAAAAAGCUAAUCAAACCGAAUAAAUUUUAUCGUAUCUGCUCAUAAAAAAUAUGGGAUAAAACAGGUUGAUGCUGCAAAGUUGUGCCGAACUUUUGAAAAGAAUGUGUGAUUUCUGAAUCUCUUCAACGGAAAUUUGGGCUCAUAUGAAAAAGACUUGAAAUUUAUUUGGUGAAAAAUGUUUCCUAAUAUGAUAUCCCCUUCACAGCUGUAUCAAACAUAUCUGCGUUCUGCUGCCAAUUUGGACACACAAGGACUUAGUCAACCAGGUCCCCCUGCAUCGUUUCUCGUGGAAAAUUUACUUAGGGAGAGGAGCCACUCCCUAUUGUCUCGCCAAUUCUCCCUGGGACGACCCGUCCUCCCCCCACAACCCAAAUCCCCCGCCGAGGAUAUGCAACAGAAUCCAUCAGCAUCAUCAUUCCUCAAAUUCGGAGUUAAUGCAAUUCUUGGAUCUUCCGAAGAAGAAGACACACAAAAACAUGUGAAGGAACCCUGCUCGUCCACACUGACAACUCCUCCCUCGUCCCUCCCUGGUCUCCCAGCCUCCUACCUAAAGACCUGUGGAACUGGACUCGGUCAGGGACUACCCCAUCCUGCCGCGUACAUUCCUCGUCACCCUCUCUAUGAUCCUCACUUAAAUGGAAUGCUGCGACAUCCAUAUUUCACAAAUUCCCCUCUGUUUCCGGUUCCCAAUGCUUUCACUUUCCUUAGCAGCAUGCGGGGAAAGCCUAGGAGGGGUAUGCUUAGGCGGGCUGUUUUCUCAGACAUGCAGAGGAAGGGUUUGGAAAAGAUGUUCCAAAAGCAGAAAUACAUCAGCAAACCCGAUAGAAAGAAGCUGGCGGCCAAACUCGGAUUAAAAGACUCACAAGUCAAAAUAUGGUUCCAAAACAGAAGAAUGAAAUGGCGGAAUUCAAAAGAGCGGGAGUUGCUAUCUGGCGGUGGGUCACGUGAUGCUACAUUACCGAGCAAAUCAAAUCCAGGCAACGAUGAAGAUGACGUCAUCAAUAAAGAUGGCCGUAUCGCUUGCAAACAAUCAGAGUGCACACACACUAAAACAACAGAUAACAUCAAUAAAACAACUCUUACACAACAUACAAAUGACUUCCACGACGUAGAGUUUGAUUCAGAACAGCCAAUGGAUGAUGUUGACACUAGUAGUUCUGACAGCGAAGGUGAAAUUGAUGUAUCAUGAUGCUACGGUGUAAACAAACUACAUGUGUACAUUCAGAACUCAAUCGUUUUAUUUCAUAAGCUUGAUUACUUUAUAUAUACAGGAAAAUUACUACAGUAAAUUAUUGUUAUGGUUUUUGUUUCAUCUUUGUGCCAUUGAAGUGACUCAGAAAAACACAAAGAUGGAACAUUUAUUACUUAUUUCAUGAUGUGCAAUACUUUGAUGCAAAUGUUCUCAAACAGAUUUAUUUUUAUUGACUUUUUAUUUUGCCUGUAGAUAAAAAUAUUUUUGAAAAUCUUUAAUAGUGCUGUUUGUAUAUUAUGUAAGAUAACCUUUCAUAGAAAAACUGAAUAUUUGUAAUUUAAUAGAACAGUUGGCUAAUUAAAACGUAAUUUUGGCAAAUGCAGGAUAUUCCAAUGUACUUGGAACCGUAUAAUUAUAAUUUGUCAAUGUUUGAAGAAAUAAAGAUAUGAUAUAAAUAAUUAUACGUUACAUAUAUUUACAUUCCAUUACCACUAAAUCAUUACGGAUACUUUCAAAUAUUCAUGUACAUGUAUAUUAUUUAUGAAAAAAGUCUCUUUUUGGGAAGUAAAAUACAGAAAAAACUCGAAACACUUUGUUGAAAUAUUUUGAAGAAGACCGGUAACACGGUCGAAAUAUUUCAACAAAAUGUUUAGAGUUUUUUCUGUAUUAUUUAUGAUAUAUUUAAAAAAAAAUUCAAAAUUCAAACUGUCUAUGCUCGAUUGAAAAACGGGGGAAAGUCUGUUUUAUUAAUUGAAUCAUUUUCCGUGUCUCAUACAUGUAUCAAUAUUGUACUUGUUUUAAAACAAUUCACAUGGUUAGAUUUAUGAACUAAUAGUUACAAUAUUAUUUAAUAAAGUACUGAAUUGCCGGUAUUCACUUCUGCCUUGUUUCUAUCAGGAAUUUUAAUGCAUGUUUAAAUAAAAUUCAAUCAAUGUAUAUGAAAAUCAAAUGAUGGACAAUAAAAAUCUAUUUUCUUC